CUCUCGACCGAGCGAGGGCAACGAGAAUGGUAACGAACAUGUUUUUCGCCUGCAAGAAUAAGUGGCUCGACUUGAACCUACGGCCCGCCAUUAUAAAGGAGUUCAACGUGUUCUGCAUCCUGAUACGAAUGUGCUACAGCUAUGCGGAGGACAAGACUGCGGAUGUCAAUGCCAUGAUCGCAGCAAUGCUGGACUGCAUCGACAAGCUGGCUCUUGCGGAAAUAACAAUCAAAGCGGAUUGGAUUGGGAAGUACAACUACAACCACACUGCAGUGAUGAAAUCUUACAGGAGUUGCGCCCGGCCUCACAUCCCACGAGACGUUCGCUACGUCUUGGCGAGUCUGAUGUGGAUCAAGAACCUUAUGUCCGGCUGAAAAAUAAACUACAGCAUCAGGUGAUAUGGAUUAUCAUUUGUCACUCG